AUGCAGCAGCCGGGCGGCGGGGACGGGAGCCUCUUGCUGCUCCCGCUGCUCCUGCUGCUGCGCGCGGGCAGCCGAGCGGAGCUGGCGGACGCCACGCAAGGAGCAAAUUCAUCAGUUGUUGCUGACUUCUUGCCAACGUCAUCAUGGAAUAUCUCAAGUGAAUUAGAUAAAGACUACUUCUUGACUCUUGACGAGCCUAUGAAUAACAUCACCACCACGCUGGGGCAGACGGCAGAGCUGCACUGUAAGGUCUCUGGCAACCCUCCUCCCACGGUGCGGUGGCUGAAGAACGACGCGCCGGUUGUCCAGGAGCCCCGCAGGAUCUCCUUCCGUGCCACGAGCUACGGCUCCCGCCUGCGCAUACGGAACCUGGACACCACCGACACCGGCUACUUCCAGUGCGUCGCCACCAAUGGCAGAAAGACCGUCUCUACCACUGGCGUGCUCUUUGUGAAGUUUGGUCCCCCGCCAACAGCAAGUCCAGGAUCAUCGGAUGAGUAUGAAGAGGAUGGGUUUUGCCAGCCCUACAGAGGGAUUGCCUGCGCACGCUUCAUCGGAAACCGAACCAUUUACAUGGAGUCUCUGCACAUGCAAGGGGAGAUAGAAAAUCAGAUUACAGCUGCCUUCACCAUGAUUGGCACCUCCAGCCAUUUGUCAGAUAAAUGCUCCCAGUUUGCCAUCCCGUCGCUGUGCCACUACGCCUUCCCCUACUGCGACGAGACGUCGGCGGCUCCCAAGCCGCGGGACCUGUGCCGCGAUGAGUGCGAGAUCCUGGAGAAUGUCCUCUGUCAGACAGAGUAUAUUUUUGCAAGGUCUAAUCCCAUGAUUCUGAUGAGAUUAAAGCUGCCCAACUGCGAAGAUCUACCCCAGCCAGAUAGCCCCGAAGCUGUCAACUGUAUCCGCAUUGGCAUUCCAAUGGCAGAUCCCAUCAAUAAAAAUCACAAGUGCUACAACGGCACGGGAGCAGAUUACCGGGGCACGGUGAGCGUGACGAGGUCGGGGCGGCAGUGCCAGCCGUGGAACUCGCAGUACCCACACACACACACCUUCACUGCCGUCAGGUACCCCGAGCUCAACGGCGGCCACUCCUACUGCCGCAACCCCGGCAACCAGAAGGAUGCCCCGUGGUGCUUCACCUUAGAUGAGAACUUGAAGUCUGAGCUCUGUGACGUCCCAGCGUGUGAUUAUAAGGAUUCCAAGGAAAAGAAUAAAAUGGAAAUCCUGUAUAUCCUGGUGCCAAGUGUUACUAUCCCCCUGGCCAUAGCUUUACUCUUCUUCUUCAUCUGCAUCUGUCGCAACAAUCAGAAGUCGUCCUCCCCUCCUGUUCAGAGGCAACCCAAACACGUCAGAGGGCAAAACGUGGAGAUGUCCAUGCUCAACGCCUACAAACCAAAGAGUAAGGCCAAAGAGUUGCCUCUGUCUGCUGUUCGUUUCAUGGAAGAACUGGGUGAAUGUGCAUUUGGCAAGAUCUACAAGGGGCACCUCUACCUCCCAGGCAUGGAUCACGCUCAGCUCGUUGCCAUCAAGACGCUGAAAGACUUUAACAACCCCCAGCAGUGGGCAGAGUUCCAGCAAGAAGCAUCUCUCAUGGCCGAGCUCCAUCACCCCAACAUCGUUUGCCUCUUAGGUGUUGUGACCCAGGAGCAACCUGUCUGCAUGCUUUUCGAGUACAUGAACCAAGGAGACCUCCACGAGUUUCUCAUCAUGCGCUCGCCUCAUUCCGACGUUGGAUGCAGCAGCGAUGAGGAUGGGACUGUAAAAUCCAGCCUGGACCACGGGGAUUUCCUGCACAUCGCCGUUCAGAUCGCGGCAGGGAUGGAGUACUUAGCAAGUCAUUUUUUUGUCCAUAAAGACCUCGCCGCUCGUAACAUUUUAAUUGGAGAACAGCUUCACGUGAAGAUAUCCGACCUCGGGCUCUCGAGAGAAAUCUACUCGGCAGAUUAUUACAGAGUUCAAAACAAAUCUCUCUUGCCGAUCCGUUGGAUGCCCCCGGAGGCAAUUAUGUACGGCAAGUUCUCCUCUGACUCGGAUAUCUGGUCGUUUGGAGUCGUCCUAUGGGAAAUAUUCAGCUUUGGGCUUCAGCCCUAUUACGGAUUCAGCAAUCAAGAAGUCAUAGAGAUGAUCAGGAAAAGACAACUGCUGCCGUGCUCUGAAGACUGUCCUCCCAGAAUGUAUAGCCUGAUGACAGAGUGCUGGCACGACCUGCCCUCACGGAGGCCACGAUUUAAAGAGAUCCACGCCCGGCUGCGCUCCUGGGAGGGUCUUUCGAGCCACACGAGUUCCACCACCCCGUCCGGUGGGAACGCCACCACUCAGACGACUUCCCUCAGCGCCAGCCCAGUUAGUAACCUCAGUAACCCCAGGUACCCCAACUACAUGUUUCCAGCACAAGGCAUACCGCAAGGCCAGAUCGCCGGCUUCAUCGGGGCGCCGAUACCUCAGAACCAGCGGUACAUCCCCAUCAACGGGUACCCCAUCCCGCCGGGAUACGCCGCUUUCCCAGCCGCCCACUACCAGCCGCAGCCUCCUCCCCGGGUCAUCCAGCACUGUCCUCCCCCCAAGAGCCGUUCUCCCAGCAGCGCCAGCGGCUCCACGAGCACGGGGCACGUCACGAGUCUGCCGUCUUCGGGAUCCAACCAGGAAGCAAAUAUCCCUUUGCUGUCUCACAUGUCCAUCCCCAGUCACCCGGGGGGAAUGGGCAUCACGGUGUUUGGAAACAAAACUCAAAAGCCCUACAAAAUUGACUCCAAGCAGUCGUCCCUCUUAGGAGACUCCAGCAUCCACGGACCUAACGAGUCUAUGAUUUCGGCUGAGUUGUAAAUAAAGCCAGGCCUUUGUAAAUAAUAACUAUUUACAACCUUAAACUUAGAAAGCCGUAGAAAAGAUUUAUAUUCAAAUAUUUUAUUGCAGAUUCUUCUGGUUGUGCAACAGACACUGCAGCGAGUAUCUUCUGUGAAGUUUGAACUGCUGUGAAAACAGGACGGGGCAGACUCAACCAGACGCAGAUGGCUGUGGUACGAACGCUCAAGCUACGGCGACGGACACGCUCUUAAUCUUUUAAGUGCCACCGACAACUCAAAAGGGGAAGGGAGAGGAUGGUUUUUGGUUGUCUUUUUUAAUAACAGAAAUGUUUUGCCGUAUGCUUUUUGCCGAGAGCUUUGUAAACCUCGGAUGUGAUUUGGGUCAUGGGAUCUUUGUGGAUGCUGAAAACGUAUUCCAAUGUUUGUCUCUUUUUUUAGGAGAUGCAAAUGUUCAGAGACCUGCUGGGUGUGCAAUUUCAGUGCCAGUAGCUAGUUAGAGCGUUUGUAAAUUUGGCAGUCGAGGAUUCCGCUCCAAAGAUGCGAUCUGAGAGCGGAAUCGAUGCCUUCAGGUAGCAUUUUGGUCUUUUGUGAAGUUUGGGGUCUUGAGUUCAGAUUCAGACCAAAGAAAACACAAGGUCUUUUGCGUGACAGCGCAAUAGCUUGAGCUGUCAACGUGCAGUGUACAAAACUCAUCUGCUGCUGGCUGCUAACGGGGGCUGGAGUUUCUAAGAAAUUGCCUUAAAGGAAAUGAAACCAAAGUGUUUUCAUUUCAGAAGCUGAGUUGACUCAUUCCAAGGUAACGUUUCAUAAUCUAGCAGUUAGAGCAGGAAUUUUCUAUCCUUUUGUUGCUAUGCAACUUUUUAAGGGAAAGGCUCCAAGCUACACUUUUGUAUGUGACAAUCAGUUUUCCCAGGAGUAUUUAUUGUUUCAGAUCAACGUGUGAUUUCAGUGGCUAGGGCUCCAGUAACCCUGCGGGGAGGGGAGCUCACAUUCCAUCAGGCAUCACAUCCCCUGGCAGCAGUUUCGUCUGUCAGUUCUAAUGGCGUGAAUCAGCGUUCGCUUUCGACUUACAGCGACGUUGUGUCGUUACUAGGAACCCGUUCAGGUGUAAGCAAUGGAGGCAAUUCAUUUGAAACCACUUUAAGGAGUUACAAAGGUGCCACGUGCUUAACAGGUUUUCACAGACUCUUUUUGUACUGAAUAGUAUUUUUAUUGACCACGGAACAAUCUUUUGCUGGGUUGACAAUGUUGUAUAAUAUGACUUUUUACCUUUCUUUGCACAAAAGUGUGAUGGUGUUUUGUACAGCAGAAGCGAAAAUACAUCUCUGCAUUUUAUAUCUUGGUCUGUUUCUGUUUGUUUGUUUUUAUCCUGAUGUAGAUGUUCUUGAGAUAUAUUAUGGUGAUAUUCAGCCACUACCUUAUACAAAUAGUUUUGUUUUCACUGCAUGCGUUUAAUCACUGUAUUACUUGAUGGUUGAUUUAUUAAUUAUGGGCAUUUCAAUUAGGCAAGCAUGACAAUGUAACAACAAAGGCUAUUUUAUAAUUGAUACGUGCGUUUUUUUUGUAUUUCACGUGCCAGAGAUGAUAUUAAACACUGAUUAUUUUAU